AUGUCUGACACUCUCGGUCUGAUGCACUUGACUAAGAAAUUACACAAAACUCAGUACCCUGCUAUUGAUCCCACCAAUCCAGCCAACUCUGCCGCCGGCAAAACCGUUCUCGUCACCGGCGGUGCCAGUGGAAUCGGCCUUGCGAUAGUCCGAGCAUUCGCCGCCGCUGGCGCAUCCACAAUCGUCUACCUCGGCCGUCGCAUUGCCAUUCUCGACGAGACAUUCAAACAGCUGCGUGAAGACUUCCCGCGAACCACGUUCAAAACGUACGGAGUCGACCUCAAGAACAGAGAAGCAAUCGAGAACAUGUUUGUAGAACUGCGUAGUAGCGGUGGAGACGUCGACGUCCUCGUGCUGAACGCCGCAUAUACCGAGCAAGGCUUGGCCGCGUGCGCCUACUCGCCCGAGGAAAUGCGUCAAAGCUUCGACACCAACGUGCUCGGGAACAUGAACGUCGUACGCGGAUUCCUCGGGCGCGCUGCCGAUACCUCACGCGUGAAGCGCAGCCGUACCAUCAUUUCCGAAGGUCGCGGUGGUGGAGAUGAGGUUCCGGUGGAGACCUCGGACAAGGUGAUCAUCGACGUCUCCACUGCGUCGGCGUACCUGACGAUUCCUCUCAAUGCCAUUUAUGGCGCGAGUAAGGCGGCGUUCACGCACAUGAUGCAGCACGUUCAGCUGGAAAAUCCGGCGGUCAGGGUUCACAGCUUCAAUCCUGGGAUCGUUUUCACUGAGGGGAUGGCACAGGCGGGAUUCGCUCAGGAUCAUGGGUACGAAUGGGAUGAUGCGAGCUUGUCUGGCGGCUUUGCGGUCUGGCUUGCAAGUCCAGCGGCUGCAUUUUUAAGCGGGAGGUUUGUGUUCGCGAACUGGGAUGUCGAGGAGAUGAUUGAAAUGAAAGAUAGAUUUCAAAGUGAUGAAAGACUCUGUCGGAUCUUGCUGAAUAUAUAA